AUGGUUAGGACGCGACAAUGGGGGCCAGCAAAGUCUCUGCUCGCGCUACUACCGCUCCUCAUUGGAUUGCCAUGGCUUGCAUUGAAGCACCAGUAUUCAUUACCUACGCCCGUUGUAGACCAAUAUGAUCCUGUGACCUCUCUGCCUCAGCUCUCCGAAGCAACAAUCCUGCAAUAUGCCAAGUAUCUGUCAGAGGAUAUCGGAUACCGCACGCCUGGCACCCGCGAACACGCACUCGCAGAUGCCUGGAUGACAGAAAAGGCUUACCAGCUCAAAGAAGAGUGUGAGCGUGUCGUGGCCACUCAACCCGGCCGUAAACUCCAGUGCGAGGUAUGGAGGCAAGAGGGCAGUGGUAGUCAUCGCUUCGAUAUGAUGGCUGCGCGGCUGUAUAAGCGUUAUGUCAACUUGAGUAAUAUCAUAAUACGCCUCAGCGAUGGCACGGACCAGGGAAAAGUUGACGCAGUGCUCGUCAACUCACAUCUCGAUAGCACCCUUCCUAGUCCAGGCGCUGCAGAUGACGCGCUACCAGUUGGCGUGAUGAUUGAGUGCGUGCGGGUGCUAGUGAAUACCCCUGGGUGGGAGCCAAAGCAUGCAGUCAUAUUUUUGUUCAAUAAUGCGGAGGAAUCUCUACAGGAUGGUUCCCACCUUUUCUCGACCCAGCAUCCUAUUGCGUCCACUGUCCGUGCUGUCAUCAAUCUGGAAGCUGCUGGCACCACAGGCCCCGAACUUCUCUUCCAGGCGACGUCUCACGAGAUGAUUCAGGCGUAUUCUCACGUGCCUCGACCAUACGGAACUAUCUUUGCAAACGAGAUCUUCAGCUCGGGUGUGCUUCUCUCUGACACUGAUUUCCGGCAGUUUGAGUACUACUUGAACGUCACUGGGCUUGACAUGGCAGUUGUUGGUAACAGUUACAUGUAUCACAUGCGCGGGGAUCUGGUAGAAAACAUCGAGGCAGGCGUUGCACAGCACAUGGCCGAUAAUACGUUCGCGCUCGUUAAACACCUCACUUCGCCCGCCUCACCGCUACCAGGGCUCGCCUCAGGCUACGGCCGCCCUCGCACCGUCUUCUUUACGUACCUUGGUGUAUUUUUUGUCUACUCGUUCCGUACAGCUGAGGUGCUUUACUCGCUGCUUUUCAUUGCUAGUUGUGUGCUUGUCAGAACCGCGGGCGGGCCCAGUGCAAGAGGUGCAACGAUGGUGAAGGCAUUAUUUUCCGUGCUCUCCGGAGGGCUAGGAGCACUUGUGGGAGCGAAUGCCGUUGCCUUCAUGAUGCAGCGGGUGUUGGGCCGGGGAAUGAGCUGGUUCGGGGGCGAGUUUGAGCCGUUGAUAUUGUAUGGCCCCGCAGCGAUGUGCGGAGCGCUCAUAACUCAGCUCCCUUUCGCCCCAGUACCUGAAAAAGCUCUCCUACAUGCACAACUCCUUGCCUAUGCGUUCCUGGCUGCAGCGGGCCAGUUCGCUGGUGUUGGAUCAAGUGCGGUGUUCUUCCUUAGUGCACUCUCAACGUUUGGAGCCUUACUUGUUGAUCGGGUGGCUAAGCCGGAGGCCAAAGACGGCUUGGUGAGCUUGUGGACAUAUGCUCUGGGCCAGACCAUCCCACUGUUGACGGGGACUCAAUUGACGUCUGCGACUUUGGUUGUGUUCGUACCGCUAACUGGGCGUAUUGGCUCUGAAGCACCAGCAGAGUACAUCAUCGCUUCCAUUGUGGCGACUUUGGGUUCUUACACGCUUAAUUUCACUACACCAUUCGUUCACCGAUUUGAUCUGCCUGCUCUGCGUAAAGCAGUCACAAUGUUGCUCCUUGUAGUGGGAGUAUUGAUGGCAGUGUUUGCCAGAAAGGAUGUAUUUGAUAGAAAUCAUCAAAAGAGAUUGUUUGUGCUUCAUAAGGAAGACUUAAACACACGGGAGCAGCAUCUCCAUAUUGCAGCAGCAGAUGGCGCGCCUGGCUUUGACGACUUGGUCCAUGACAUCACGAGACACUUCGGCGUAGCCGGGGUGCCCCCAAAGGCUGUUAUCAUGGACGACUGGAACGGUGAUUGGGAUACAUUAUAUCCAUUUUCAGCGUUCCUUUCACCAUACAAGAUUGACCUCCCACUAGACCCGGCGUAUGACGCACCUUGGCCACCAGAAGAACAGUUUACGGUUUCAGCCGUCAAUGAUACCGUCAAUGAGAGUAAGGGGACGAGGACUAUGACAUUGAAGAUUGAUCACCCGGGGAUAAUGUGGACUGUGAUUGCAUUCGAUGCGCAUGUACUAGAGUGGACGCUAGAUAACAGUCCACCGGAGGAAUUUGCACGACACCACAUCAAAGAAGCUUCAUUCUACGGGACUGACGUCUGGACGGUGGAUAUGACGAUCAAGUGGCCGCCGCCCCCGAACGCGCAUCCCAGAUCGUCUGAUGUGGAUGGGUUGAGGGUAGACUUCAUUGGGAUUCAGGAGAAGCGUAUGUGGCCCGCAAAAAAGGCUGAGGCGGAUGGGCAUCAAGUGAUGCGGUUGUUUAAGGAGUUCGAUGCGUGGCUGGAUGAGAAGACAGGUGGCAGUGUGGAUGCGCUGCUCAUGGGUUGCGUGAGCGGAGAGGUUGUCGUGUAA